GUAUCUCUGAGGCAAAGGUGCCAUGACAUCAGCUCCGUGACGCUUUGGAAAACCCAAGUGCUUGCCUUAAAAUCUAACUGUCCAGGCUGGCUAACAUCCCUAUAAAAAGCAGGGACUGUCCAGCCAUCUAGCAUCAGACGCAGAAGGAAUCUACUCUGGUCCUGCCUCUGCUCUUGAAGCUCAUCUCUGCGCAUAAUGAAUAUCUCUUCAGUGUCCCUCUCCGUCCUCCUCAUUGCUGCCCUCUUUUCUCAGGCCUCUUCGGGUCCAAUUGGCGCUGACACCACGGUGUGCUGCUUCAGCUAUGCUUUACGGAAGCUUCCCCAGAGUCAUGUGAAGGAUUAUUUCUACACCAGCAGCAAGUGCUCACAGCCAGCAGUUGUGUUUAUCACCAGGAAGAACCGAGAGGUCUGUGCUAAUCCUGAUGCCAGGUGGGUGAAGGAAUAUGUGAACGCCCUGGAGCUGCAGUGAGGGCUGGGAGCUGAGAGAAGUCUGCCCUCAAGAAUCCUGCAAGAUUGUCCAGCAAAAUCAUUUCUUGGGCCUAGAAAUGCUACUGCUAAGCAUCAAGGCCAAAAGCAGCCUCGGGCCUUUGAAGUUCCUUUCGUCUUGCAAAGGCAUCAUUUCUCCAUUGCAGUUCAGCCACCCUGGUGGGCAGCUGCAAUGCUGGGGACCUCCUGGCCUUGCAGACCUGCCUUGUCGUAGCCUGCUGUGUGACCUGUGGUGAAACUCUGUCCCUUCCUCAUGCCUCCACUAUUAGAAGGGGAGGUGGACACUUAUCUUGAAAGCUAUUUGUGAAAAGUGGUCUAUUAAAGCCAGGUAUGAAUGCUGUUAUGUAAAGCCAGACUGACAUCCCAGUCAGCUGGCUGAAUUUCACCGUGUAUGAUAGAUGCUGUCAGAGGGGUUUGUCUCCUUAAUGAAGGAAUUGGUAUGCUGGUUAUUUACUGGAUGUUCAUUGUGGAACCACAUUGUCCAGCCUUGUUGUCAAAAUGCUGUCUCUUGCUGGUGCCAGAAAAUAAAGAUUGCCAUCUG